CAACAACUGAAAGGACAAAUUUGUUGCUCUUUGCAUUUGUUUAAAAUAUCUCCACACAGAGGAAUGAAAAGUAAAAGUGGAAAGUUAACAAAAUGGGAUUUUGUUGGUAGAAUUGUGUUGGUUGUGGUGGGUGUGCUGAUGAUGAUGUGUUUGCAGGAAUCAUUAGUUCAUGCCAAGUCAAUUGAAGAAGCAGAAAAUUAUCCAUGUAGAUUUGCACUUGAAUAUUCAAUUGCUGAUUUUUAUAAUAAUUCGAUAAGAGCACAACAGUUUUUGAUGAAUGUUAGUCAUUGGGAAGGUAAAUUUGCUACGCAUGGAGUUGGACUCAAUAUGAUUUCUGGAUUGACCUAUGAUGGACAUCAGAUUGAUUAUGAUACUUCAGAAUUGCAUGAUCCACUUCAUGAUUUCUCAGCUGCUUCAAAAGAAUCACUUCAUUUGGAUAUGAUUGCUUUGGGAUUGAAUGGUGAUAAAAUUGCAAUGAAUUUCUUCAAGUCUUCAAUGGAAUCACAAUCGAAUGUGAGAUUUGCCUUUUCUGCCAAGAAGAAUCAACAAUUAUUGAGAUCCUACGAAUCAAUCAAGGAUUCACAAGAUAAUAGAGUGCAACAAUUCAUUCUCUCCUCACUCAGAGCCAAGCUGCAAAGUUAUGAAAAGUUUGAUAAUCAAUAUCCUGGCUUUGGUGGAUUGUUGCCAUGGUUCACUGUGAGUGAUGAAGGUGCUGGACUAUUGGAUGGAUGGACAGAUAGAGUUCCAUCUCUAGACAAUGGACAAAUGAUUUGGGGUUUGAUUGCUGUUGAACAAGUUUUGAGACAACAACAAAUUGGACUCGAUCUUGCAGAUAUUAUUGCUGCUAGAAUUAAGAAACUCACUCAAACAGUUCUUCCAAUAUUUUACGAUGGUAAUGGACAUGUGAGAUGUGUUGCCAAGAUUAAGAAUAUUUAUGGUAGUCCAUAUAAUCCAAAUAAUUAUCAAAGUGAUGGUUCCUGUUAUUUAAAUGAUCCUUAUGAAGGAGAAUUGAUGGAUUUCUUUAUUGAUUUGAAAGCUGACUGGGCUGCAUCUGGUUAUUCACUUGAUGAGAGAAAUAAGAUUUGGUUAGCCAAGAGAUCCCAGACUCGUGCUGUUAAAUACAAGUCGAAACUCUAUGGAGAUAUUCUUGUUGAACAAGGUUUUUGGUAUAGUUCACAUGAAAAGUGGAAGUAUCUCAUGUUGCCAUAUCAAUCCGUCCCUGUCAAUAAUAGAAUUUUCUUGAAUGGUGAAAGGGCUAGACUUGUUAACAGUAUUGAAAAUGGAAUUCCUGGAUUGUUUGCCAGUGUAACAGUUCCAGUUAAAAGAGGAGAUUAUUCACCUCCAUACUCAUCUGCUUGUGGUAUUGCACAAAUAGCCAGUCAACCAAUCGAAUAUACAACCAUUGUAACUCCAUAUGGAUCAUUCCCACCUGUACUUGCUGAUCAAAAUAUUGGACUCAUGUGGUAUUUGACAACCAUUCAAGGAGCCAAAAUGCAAGGAGUUUAUGGAAGCACUGAAAGUACAAACAUUACAGGAUCUGCAAUUCAAAAUUCACUUCUACUUAUUUGGCUAGUAAUGGACUGUAUGAUCGUUUCUAUCAAAUCGUGGACACUGAAUGGACAAGAGUAUUUGGAGUUGGACCAUACGUUGGAGAACAAAUUCCACUCGAUAAACUCAGACCAACCAUUAACAUUCCUCAAAAUAUGGUUGACUUUACAAUGUGUUCUAAAACCAAUGUCAAUACCAAAUCUGAGAGAAUUUCAAAAAUCUCUCUAAGACAGUAAAUUAAUUUAUUAUUCC